AUGACGACCGUCGCGGGGGGGAAAGCUAUCGUCCCUCUGAGCGGCCUGGUCGAUCGCCUUCGCGAGGGUAUGACAGUCGUCGACGCUCUCCACCACGCAAUCGCUCACGUCCACGUGCCGACACCUGGGUUCCAUCUCAUCGAUCGUACGGCCGUCCGCGGAGCCGAUCUCCUGAAUACCGGCGUCGCUCCAGGACGCCCCCUUUUCAAGGUCGAGGUUACGGGCCCAGCUCGUACAGCCGACGGCGGUCUCCUCCCCGACGAUUUUCACCACGGAGGGAUGACCGCACGCGAACCCCUCCCCGAGCAUGGCGAUCGAGAUCACCCCUCAACAAUGACAUACGACCUCGCGAGAUGUCUCGAGGUCGCAAUACUCCCAAGCGUACCUCCCCGAGCGCCGUCGCCCGUGUCCCAGCCUCCCCUGGCGAUUCGUCCCCAAAACAUCGCCGAUGCGAUUCCUCGAGAGCCGGAUGUCGACAAGAGAGAGCGACCUUCGUCACGGACGAGACAAGAGCCUAUUUCCCCCGUCCCCGUCCCCGUCCCCGCGCCCGCUCCUGCUCCCGCUCCUACUUCUGCUGCCGGCGCUGCAACUGAAUCCGGUGCCACAUCAAGGCGAUCCUCUCCGUCUAUGUAUCCUGACAGGUCUCGGGCUGCCUCAACCCGAAGCCAUAGUCGAUCUCCCUUCCGGCGAUCUCCAUCUUUUCGCCCGCCUACAGGGCCCCGCGGUCGGUCACCGUAUCGAGACUCCCGCCGCGACUCUGAACACUCUGGUCCGCGCAGGCCGAUGGACGAAUCUGCUCCAGGGUCAGGUCAAAUCCCUACUGGUCCGAGUCACAUGAAUGAUGGCCGGUCGCCUGGUCCCAUCCCCACCCAGCCUCGGAAUGCCAAUUUGUAUCAGCAACCGCCGUCUGGGCCGUCCCAAGGACCGAAGAUGGGCGGUCCUGGGUCUGGCCGGGGUCCUCAGAACAUGUCCCUCCUGUCUGCGCCGACGCGACCCCGCCGCGGGCCCGGCUCAAGAGACAGUCCCUGGAGUGGACCUCCCAUGGCGCGCCGCGGGCCACCUGCGUCGCCCGCAGCGCAUAGCCCGCCUGUUGGACCUCGGGCAUCAUUUUCUGGCAUGUCUGGCACCGGCGGCGGCCAUUAUCGACACCCAGGCUCCCGCCAGCAUAGUAUCGCUUCUGGAAAUCCGCCCCCUCGGUCGAAGUCUCUCAAUCACCUUGCCGGAAUGAGUGCGCUUGUUCCCGGCGGGAAGGCAUUGCCUUCGAUUCUCGAUCCCGCAGCUGAAAGACGUCUUGUCCAGCUCGAAGCAGACCGCGAAAGGCUUUUUGAGCAGGUCAUGACAACGCAGAAGAUCAAACGAGCUGGGUUGCGCGAUUGGGAUCGAGUGGAUCGGGAAAGUUCCAUAUGCGCUCUCAAGAGUGAACUGGCAGAGGGCCAUCUACAGCGGAUGGCGGAGGAGAGUAGCAUCGCGGUGGUGGUGUUCUCUUUUAACGUCAAGCCAAGUCACCGGCCACGCAUGUCGAUUGCGACGUCACUCGGGAAGCCUUUUCUUUUGCUUCUCUUUGACCUCCUUCAUCCUUUGGUUUUAGGUUUCUUUUAG